AUGCCCUACGCUCAACCCACUUCGCUCGCUGGAAAGCCAUUCGUCAUUCUUGGUGCAGGCACUUUGGGUCGUCGCAUCGCGUUGAUGUGGCUUACCCAAGGCGAAAUAGUCCACCUUUUUGACCCGAAUGCCAAAGCUCUUCAAGAUGCUGCUACCUUCAUCGCAGAAAAUAUCACGGACGUAAUUUCGGCUCGCGUUGAAAACGGAAAGCCCGGCACGCUCAAAACUUUCCAAGACCGUACGGCUGCCGUCGAAAAUGCGUGGAUCGUCGUUGAAGUUGUGCCAGAAAUUCUUUCCCUCAAGAUCGACCUUCUCGGAGAACUCGAUGCUCUUCUUCCCAACGACUGCAUCCUGGCGAGCAACAGUAGCUCGUACACCGGCUCGGAAAUGUUUGAUAAAGUCAAAAACAAAGCUAGGCUUGUCAACACGCACUAUUAUAUGCCUCCGAACGUCUUACCUCUGGAAGUAAUGCCCAAUCCAUACACUGACCCAGCAAUUGUUUCGCUUCUAUUGAAGGAAGGGGCGCGACAUGGCUUACGAAUGUACCACGUACGGAAGGAGUCUGUUGGACUUCUUUUCAACCGUAUCUGGGCUGCGAUCAAACGCGAGGCACUCUAUGUUGUUGCUCAGGACGUCGCGGGACCCACAGAAGUUGAUGGCAUUAUGAAGGACGUGCUUGGUGUCCAUCGUGGUGUCUUCGAAAUGCUUGAUGGUGUCGGGCUUGAUGUUGCACUCGACAUCGAAACACAUUACGCCCAAGUUAGAGCUGGUCAGAUCCCUCCCGAACCUGCCGCUCUGCUUCAGUCCAUGGUAGCUAAAGGCGAGUUGGGAGUGAAGACAGGCAAAGGCUUCUACGUUCACCCGCCUCACCAGGCUAUUGCUGGCAAGGACCAUAUCGUUUUCCUCGACAUCAUCAAAGGCGAGAUUCGUUCGCUUUCGAUUGAUGGAAGAGAGGGAAAAACGCUUGUGAGCGGGCUUCGUAGCCUUCCGGAUGGUGUGCAAAUCGAUACUCGUCCCGGAAAAGGACAUAUCUACUGGACCAACAUGGGCACCAAAGCAAACGAUGGAUUCCUCAGCCGCUCUAACCUGGACGGCUCGGAAAUUACAACGAUUGUUGCGCCUGGCCAGACCCACACUCCCAAGCAACUUGUUCUUGAUGUCAAUGGAGAGCAUUUAUAUUGGGCAGACCGCGAAGGUGGACGAAUUCAACGUUGCUCGCUUGACGGUUCCAAUCUCGAGACGCUCUAUGUAUCCGCCUUGACCCCUGAACAACACAGCGAUCAGCGUACUUGGUGUGUUGGUAUCGCCAUUGACACUGAGCGUCGGCUGUUAUAUUGGACUCAGAAGGGCGGUUCCAAGGGUUAUAAAGGCCGCAUUUUCCGUGCUGCAUAUGAUCAACUCGCGGGUGGUCAGCCAGCUAUUGAAGUCCUCUUUGACGGGCUUCCCGAACCCAUCGAUCUGGAACUACAUGGCUCAUGGUUGUAUUGGACUGACCGUGGCGAUCCACCCUUCGGAAACAGUCUCAAUCGAGCUGACGUCAGCGCCCCGUUCGACCAAUCUCGUCCUCCCCGUGGACCCAGCGCAGAUUUGGUCAUAGCCGAACGCUUCCACGAAACGAUCGGUCUGACUAUUGACGACAUCGGGAAAAAGGUCUACAUCUCCGACCUGUUGGGCUCGUUAUGGGUGACGGAGCUGGAUGGCAGUAACAAGACGGCGAUUUUGACAGACGCAGGAAACUUCUCUGGCAUUACUUUCCAUCGUAGUGCUUGA